AGGAGUAGGAGAGAAGUCUCGAGAGUAACUCUUGUCUCCCGUUCCCUUCGGCACUGUUUGCUUGUCUGUGUUGAGGUGCGUGUCUGUGGUUGUGCGGUUCGUGAAAGGCCCCGGCCUCCAGAGCGUCAUCUAGUCCAACGACGGCUUAUAAUUAGAAAUAUGAUAAAGGCUGGAGAAAGGGGCUGGGAUGCGACGGGCCUGGAUGGGAGAAGGACGUAGCACAAAUAUGCCGGAUAGGAGCACCAGUCGAAACAUCCUGUCGCAUAAGGUCCGCUGGAAGAGCACGGCUGGGAUGGGCGGAGGUAGGGGUGUAUGAGCAAGUUGCUGGCUUUCGGGUGGGCAAAAGGGUGCUCGUCUGAACCCGACCCACCCCUAACGCAGGUCUCAGUCCUGUCGCCGAACAAUCACUACCCGACGCCACCCAAUGGACCUUCCCAACUACCCGGUCUAAUUGGAGGGUCGGGCCGAAUGAUAGGGGAGCGACUGAGCUCCUCGGGGACUAGGCUGGACUCCUGCAGCCCUCUUGGCCUUGCUAAAUCUAGCACAGAGAGCCUUAAACCGAGACCGCUCAAAUCUGUAUCCAAGCAAAGCCUCCUAGACAUCUUCAGCUCCAAGCUGGGAGUCUCCAGAAGGACUCCCCAUCAGAGGUAUUUGUCGAGAUGGAGGGACUCAAUGUCUGCAGCAAGCGGUGGUUGCGUGACGAGGGGAGUUUGCUCGGAGAUGGACUUGUCAAGGAGAGGUGCCCCUCCUCCUUGUCGGGCUCUUAGGCACAAGGUGACCACACCGGCUCCCACUGCCCAGAAUCAGCCGCACAGUUUCAGCUUGGUUUUCGAUCCAGCUGGACGACUCUGCUACUACUGGUCUAUGGUCGUCUCGAUAGCCUUUUUGUACAAUUUUUGGGUCAUUAUUUACCGUUUCGCGUUCCAAGAGAUAAAUCGUGACUCGAUUUUGGUAUGGUUUUGUUUGGAUUACUUCGCCGACUUCCUGUACCUGGUGGAUAUACUGUUUCAUUUCCGUACGGGGUAUCUGGAGGACGGAGUACUUCAAACGGAUUCCGGGAAGCUAAGGACUUAUUACAUGAACUCGACUACGUUCUAUAUUGAUUGCCUAUGCCUUCUCCCACUGGACUGCUUGUACCUCUCGAUCGGAUUCAACUCAAUACUGCGCUCGUUCCGUUUGGUGAAAAUAUAUAGGUUUUGGGCUUUUAUGGAUCGGACUGAACGCCACACGAAUUACCCAAACCUUUUCAGAUCUACGAGCCUAAUCCAUUAUCUUUUAGUUAUAUUUCAUUGGAACGGUUGUUUGUACAGGAUCAUUUAUAAAAAUAACGGGUUUGGUUCGAAAAAUUGGGUGUUUGGUGAUAGUGAUACAGCGGAUGUUGUGAAUCAAUACCUUCAGAGUUAUUAUUGGUGCACUCUAGCUCUGACGACUAUAGGAGAUCUUCCGAGGCCGAGGAGUAAAGGAGAGUACGUUUUCGUCAUCUUGCAGUUGCUUUUUGGACUACUGCUCUUCGCCACUGUUCUCGGCCAUGUCGCCAACAUAGUGACAAGUGUUUCUGCAGCGAGGAAGGAGUUUCAAGAUGGUACACUUGGAACCAAACUAGACGGAGUGAAAACCUAUAUGCGGAUGCGCAGGGUCCCCAACCACUUGCAGGUGAAGGUGAUCAAAUGGUUUGACUACCUCUGGUUGACGCAAAAAUGCUCAGACGAGGAGAAAGCGGUCAGCUGCCUACCUGAUAAACUCAAAGCUGAAAUUGCGAUCAAUGUCCAUCUUGACACACUGAAAAGGGUGGAGAUUUUCCAAAAUACAGAGGCAGGAUUUUUGUGUGAACUUGUCCUAAGGUUGCGUCCUGUCCUUUUUUCUCCUGGAGACUAUAUCUGCCGAAAAGGCGAAGUGGGUAAAGAAAUGUACAUAGUGAAUAGAGGAAGGCUGCAGGUUGUUGCUGACAACGGCAGAACUGUCUUAGCAACGCUUAAAGCAGGUUCUUAUUUUGGUGAAAUUAGUAUACUCAACAUGGGAACUGCAGGUAAAAACUUGGGAAAUCGGAGAACAGCAUCUGUACGGUCUGUAGGCUACAGCGAUUUGUUUGUCCUUUCAAAAAAGGACAUGUGGGACGUCCUGAAAGAGUAUCCUGCAGCGAGAGUCAGACUGGAGGCCAUCGCAGUCAAGAGGCUGGAGAAGUACAAAAAGGCUCCUCUUCAGAAAGCCGCGAUGGGAAGGAGUCAGUCCACACCCGGUCUAGUGGAAACAAAAGGAAGGGUACCUUUAGAGACUAUGUGGAUUUCCCCAUUAGACCCAAUUAGGGGUACAUCAAGCCUCGGGCCUCCUUACUCAAACAACUCAAUUUUCAGCCCAACAUUAAGUCCUGUUUCAAGGAGUUUGGUGAGGACGACUGAAUCAGCGCUUUCAGUAAUGUCCAGUGGGCAUUCAUCUGACGAGCAAAGGAUUGCGACUGUAAAACCUAAUGAACAACUACCACCCCCUCAGCCACCUCCUACACAGGAAAAUGAGCAAGAGGCACUGUUCGUUGCUGAAAUCAAGCGACUUCGAGAGCGACUGGUCACCUUAGAAGCUGAAAAUGCCACACUCAGCAUGAAACUGAAUCAACAGCAGUGGGAAGUGGAGCACAGGCUGGCUGAGAUAGAAAUGCAGAUUUGUGGUGCCUCGAGUGCUGACAGUUCGGCCGAGGAUAAUGAAAGGAAUAAAGAAAGCAUCAUUUAACACAAUUGUCAUCCAGGAUAUAACAGAACAAUAAAAGUGACGGCAUAAUGUAAACCUAGUCCAUAUAAAAAUGCAAAUGAACUUUCAACAUAAAUGGAAACUGUAUUAUAUUGACACAAUUGACUUUAUAUGGAUGCAGUGUAAUUUUUUUGACUGUUUCUAUGAUGAAGCAAACACAUUUUCAUUGACUUGUUACAAUACUAGUAAUGCUUUGUAAUGUAAUAUUAAAAAUUCAUAAGGAAACUCAUCGAAAUUCAAGUAAAAUUCUAACCAGAAGUUGAUUUCCAGAAAGUAUCACUCAUAAAAAUAUCCAAUGUUAAAAUAAGCUUUAGAAACUAAAGUAGUAAUAGAUGUGAAAAUAUUAGACAUUUCCGAUAACAUUUUGCUUCUCUCACAAUUAUUUUAAUCAUUGCAUCAUUUAAUUUCAUUCCUUUUUUUUCUCUAUGUCUAAAUCUUAAUAGUCUCUCCCUUUUGUCUCCUACCCUUUUCCCAUCCACACCUUUCCUCGUUAUAAUCACUCUAUCUCUUUUUCUCGCUAUCUCUAUCUAACUAUUGAUC